CUGAGUGUGAGCAUAAGAUCCACAGCCCCAUUGGGACCCUGAGCAGCCCCAACUGGCCAGACAAGUAUCCCAGCCGUAAGGAGUGCACCUGGGACAUCACGGCCACGCCGGGGCACCGAGUCAAGAUCAGCUUCAGCGAGUUCGAGAUCGAGCAGCAUCAGGAGUGUGCGUACGACCACCUGGAGGCCUUCGACGGGGACACCGACACGGCCGCCAUCUUGGGUCGACUGUGUGGCAGCAAGGUCCCGGAGCCGCUGGUCUCCACCGGGAACAAGAUGUACCUCCGCUUCAUCUCUGACGCCUCGGUGCAACGAAAGGGCUUCCAAGCUACACACUCCACAGAGUGCGGAGGUCGUCUGAAAGCAGACGCUCGUCAGAAGAACCUUUACUCUCACUCCCAGUUCGGAGACAACAAUUACCCAGGUCACACAGACUGUGAGUGGCUGCUGACGGCAGAGCAGGGCUACGGCAUCGAGCUCAGCUUCAUCACCUUCGAGGUAGAGGAGGAGGCCGACUGUGGGUAUGACUACAUCGAGCUGUACAACGGGUACGACGCAAACUCACAUCGACUCGGACGCUUCUGUGGCUCAGGGCCCAGGGAGGGGAUUUACUCACCCGGGGAUGCGAUGCUGAUCCGUUUCCAUAGUGACGACACCAUCAGUAAGAAGGGCUUUCACAUCCGCUACACGAGCACCAAGUUCCAGGAGAGCCUCCACACCAGGAAGUGAUGUCACACGGAGCCCGUGACCUCCUCUGACCUCUGCGCAGCCCCGCCACUGUUACCCUGACCUUUGCCAUGGCAACGAGAAAAGUACAGCCUGUCCCCCC